CAGAUCCGCCGUCGGAAUACGGCCAGGAAAGACAGUCCAGAGAAAAAACGGCAUUUCAAUGGCGCCCACGUUUGCCAAGUGAAUUCCAUCUACUCCGGUGUUUCCGCCAUCUAUUUGACCCGGUGUUUCUGCUAUGAAUUUGAUCUACCGGUCUAUAUGGACCCCCUAUAGAGUAGCCAGGAAUCAAAAAAGGUCUGCAGGGCUACUUUUUUUUUUUAGAGGACGUCUGCACUGAUCUGCAGUGCUAGUAGUAGUACUAUGCAUGCUUGGCGGCAUGGCCUAUCGGCAGCUAGGUACGAAAAGACUGCACACUAGCUUUAUUGUUCCGUCUGUUUUCGGUUCUGCCGUUACAGCGGCUGGAGAUAAAUGGCGCAGGGCACUCGUCGCUCGAGACCAAACGCACCUUUCCCUUCUGUUGUACUUGUUCCCCCUCACUCCAUUUGCAGUUUAAGGGAGGAUGCAGAGCGGUUCGCCGUCGACGGCGAUGGGGAAGGGCAGCGGCGUCGACCAGAGCGCCAAGAAGAAGGCAAGGCUAGAGCCGCCACCCAACGUCCAGGUGAAGCAGGAAAUCAUCCCGCACCAAGCAACCACCGGCGCUGGCGGCGGCGGCGGAGCAAUGGUGGCGGCGGAGCAACGCUCUCGGUCUCGGGUGGACGUCCUGGUGAGCAUGGACAUGAGCGUGCUCCACUGCCGCAUCUGCUCCCACCCCUACAAGCCUCCAGUCUUCCGGUGCAAAGGCGGGCACAUGGCGUGCGGGAGCUGCCUGGCGCGGAUCCCGGACAAGCAGUGCCGGAAAUGCGAGCACGGCGGCAGCGCGUUCGAGCGGUGCCCGGCGUUGGAAGAGGUGGUCUCCUCCGCCCUGAUCGAGUGCGCGCACGACGGCUGCAGCAGCUACGUGACCUACCACGAGGCCGGCGAGCACCAGAGCGCGUGCCCGCAAGCGCCCUGCUCGUGCACGGAGCCCGGCUGCGGCGGCUUCCAGGGCGCGCCCCCGGCGCUUGUCGCCCACCUCGCGGCCCAGCACGCCAUGCCGGUCCACAGGGUGCCGCGCGCCAGCCCCGCCAUGCUCCACCUGCCGGCGCCCUCGGCCUCGGCCACGGAGCGGCACCUGGUGAUCGUGGAAGACGACGACGGCGCGUUCCUGCUCACGGUCAGCGGUAGGCCGGCAGGAAUCACGGCCGUGUCGGCCGUGUGCAUCCGGGCCGUCGGCCCGCCGUGCCACGCGGUGAAGAUGUGGGCUAACGGGCCGCCGCCGGCGGCGGCGCUGGGGAGGAAGGUGGACACCGUGUUGGUGGACAUCGUGGCGACCUGCAGCGCGGCGCCCGGGGCCGUCGACGUGGAGGAGCUGACCACCCUGACGCUGCCCAGGAAGUUCUUGGUCGGAGGUGCUGCUGGAGCGGCCAAGGAGCUGCCGCUCAACAUUCGCAUCGACAGAAGAUGAGCGGCUGAGUGUGGUAAUGCAGGGCGCCAGCGAUUAGUGUUGUCACUUCUUAAAUUAGCACGUCAGUCGGCAUCUGAUGAUCUAGCUGAAACAAAUUAGCAGUAGCUCCUGGAUGGAUGGAUGUAGGAUCUUCUUAAAUCUUUUGGGUUAUUUUACUGACUGAUCCUUAAUGUGAUGCCUCGUGGAAUUGCUGUUCUGUGCGGCAACCGCUUUGGUGCUGCACCAAGUGAAGAAAAUGAGGAACUUAUAAGAACUAGUAGAACUUAUUCACUCAACCAUAUGCUUAUUUCUCACAUCUAGACAUGAAAAAUGUUGGAUCUCUAGGGGAUGGUCAAAACAUCAUGCCAGCGAGUACUCAAGAAACAGAUUAUCCAUCGAGUACUCAAUCAGCAGUAGCUCCUGGAUGGAUGGAUGUAGCUCUUAAAUCUUUUGGGCUUAGUCCUAGCAUGAGCUGCAUCUCUGGCUGCUGCUCCGAAUGCUCCUACUAGACCCGCUGCUCCAAAUGCAAGGACCAAGGCUGCUGCUCCUAAUGCAAGGGCUGCAACUGCUUCUAAUGCUAGGUCUGCACCUGCAGCUCCAAGUACAAGCAGAAGGGGAAGGGCAAGACAAAUGGGGCUGGUAGGGGUAGGACAAGUGCACCAGCAACUUAAUCUCCAGAUGUUGCAGCUAGGGGCAGGGGUAAGGGCAAGGGCACGGCUGCAAUGCAAUUAAAUGAAUCGCAAGCAUCAACUUCAAAUGCAAAUGCUGGUAGAGGAGAAAGAAGACCUGCCCAAAGUGUGGAUGCAGAGAACAGAGCUUAUGGAAGAGCUUACGGAAGAUCAAGUAGUGGAAGGAUGUCUUCUUGGUUCACAAUUGGAGCAAAUGCAGCAGCUAGAGAUGCAGCUGCGAAGAAGGAAAAUGCAGCUAUGAAUGAGUGAGGAUUUGGUUGCUUUAGUGACUCUUUGCUGUUAUGUUUGAAGAAUUACAACUUGUUAUAUUUUGUGUGAUGAACAUGUAAUGCACUCUGUGAGAUGUGGUGUUAAGAUAGUAAGUAUUAGUGUUCUAGAUAAUAUAUCUGCAUUGCCUA